AUGAACGUCAUUACUAGAGAACAAGCGAUAUGUAUGUUUUUUUGUGAGGAAUACAACGAAGAUAAUGUCAAAAAACUAACUAAAGAAGUUGACGAUUUUGUCAAUGGUGAAAUCUGUUAUACAGAAGAUCCAACAAAACCGUUUAUCCAAAGUAAAAGAACCAUCAAUCAAAACCCAUUUUUAUACCAUAAGUAUCAAACUCAGGAAUCAGUAGCUAAUAUUAAUAUAAUUGAAGAAAAAGAACAGCAACUUAUUAAUAACCAUGCAGGGCUUGUACAAUUUCUCAAUGCGGUUUUUCUAUCUGUUGAUCCACACAAUAAUGAGGUGUAUGAAAAUCUUUCAUGUUCUAUGAAUGAUAUUCUGUCUUAUGUUUGGAAAUACUCCUAUUUACUUCAAGACAAAAACCCUAUUGGCUUUGGAAAAUGGUGUUCAGGGAAAGACAUUGAUUUAAUGCAUGGCACUACCAAAAGAAAAAAAGGUGUUGAUGGAAGAACCAUCUUAGUUCGAUCAUUAUACGUAUUAAAGGAGAAGUAUAUAGGUAAAGUACAUAAGUUACUUUUUUAUUUGCAUUCAUUUAAUCAUACAAUCUAUAAUAGCAAAUGUUGUAAAGUUUAUUGCCGAACAAUUACCAUUAUACCAGCAGACCAUUCAGUCUUUCAAGGAGGAUGGAUAUAG